AUGGAGGAAACGGUUGGAAUUGUCAAUUCGGAAAACGAUACUGUUCAGCCAAAUCACGAAAAGUCAGCUAUUCUGGAAACCUCUAACUCAAACAAAACAUGGGCGAUCAUUUCGGGUCGAUUGGCUUCAAUCACUUGUAAACAGGCUUGUUGUGGACAUUGCUGUUGUAAAGGGACUUAUUGCCAGUACACCAAUUGUUGUGAAUGU